GAAAAUGAAACGGAACCAGAGGUAUCAAUACAGUAUCGAUCAGCCCUCCCCUGCGGAAAAGCACCAGCGUGGCCGGCCACGCGUGCGUAACAGUGCGUAAAGGGACUGGAGUCUCGCCGGCGUGACAUCACCGUACGAACUGCCCCUUCAGGGGGGCUGGAGUUCAGACGAGGAGGCAACUCGCAGCAGCUAGUUGUGCUGCUCCUCCUGGUAGCAAACUCGCAGCAGCGGCUUCAGCUCAACGUUCUGGGAUACGCACGGACAAACACAGCCACAGUAGUGCGUGCAGGAGCCUCCCGCGCAACGCAGCGCGCAAACAGCGCUCUCCAGAUUGCGCAAAAAAGAGCUAUGCUUGGCCAAGACACUUCGCGCUUUUUCACCUAAACACAGGUGAACAGCUAUUGCGCCCCGCUCCUCCUCCCCUCCUCCCCCUUCUCCUCCUCUUCGUGGAGCAGAAGAUGAAGUUUGGCAAGAACAUCUGUAUUCUAAACGUCGGCGGCACCAAGUACGCCUUCACGCGGGAGGUGAUCCGGGACUUUCCCCUGCGUCGGGUGAGCCGGCUGCACAGCUGCUCGUCCGAGAAGGAGGUGCUGGAGGUGUGCGACGACUACGACCGUGAGAGGAACGAGUUUUUCUUCGACAGACACUCGGAGGCGUUCGUUUUCAUCAUGCUGUACGUGCGCUCCGGGAAGCUGCGCUUCGUGCCGCGGAUGUGCGAGCUGUCCUUCUACAACGAGAUGCUCUACUGGGGUCUCGAGAGCUCGCACCUGGAGUUCUGCUGCCAGCGACGCCUGGACGACAGGAUGUCCGACACGUACACGUGCUUCUCCGAGGAGGAGCUGAUGGGCGCGGACGAGGAAGAGGCCCGGCGCGCGGAGGCGGCGGAGGACGAGGCGGAGGAGACGCGCUCCUGGCUGGCCAGGAUGAGGAGGACCUUCGAGGAGCCCGCGUCCUCCGUGGCGGCACAGGUGCUCGCCUCCGUCUCCGUCAUCUUCGUCAUCAUCUCCAUGGUCAUCCUGUGCGCGAGCACGCUGCCCGACUGGGACACGGCGAAAAAUAAUACGGUGGAGGAGCACAGGAUCAUUGAAGCAGUAUGCAUUGGCUGGUUCACUGCCGAGUGCAUAGUGCGUUUCAUUGUCUCGCGGGACAAGUGUGAGUUUGUGCGCCGACCUCUGAACAUCAUUGACCUUCUGGCUAUCACACCUUACUACGUGUCAGUUGCCAUGACGGCCCUGACAGGGGAGAACCCGCAGCUGCAGCGAGCAGGAGUCACCCUCCGCGUGCUGCGGAUGAUGCGCAUCUUCUGGCUCAUUAAGCUAGCGAGGCACUUCCUGGGUCUGCAAACACUGGGGCUGACACUGCGCAGGUGCUACCGCGAGAUGGUCAUGCUCCUGGUGUUUGUGUGCGUCGCCAUGGCAAUCUUCAGCGCCCUGGCCCAGCUCCUGGAGCAUGGACUGGACCUGGAGACCAGCAAUGAGGACUACGCCAGUAUCCCGGCAGCCUGUUGGUGGGUUAUUAUCUCCAUGACGACUGUCGGCUAUGGAGACAUGUAUCCCAUCACCAUGCCGGGGCGCGUGCUGGGUGGCGUGUGUGUCGUGAGUGGCAUUGUGCUCCUGGCUCUUCCUAUUACCUUUAUCUACCACAGCUUUGUGCAGUGCUACCACGAGCUCAAAUUCCGCUCAGCACGCUGCGUGCGAAGUCUCUCCGCUGAGUUUCUCAACUGACUGUCAGUUAUUGAUUUUUCCUGGACCGCUCAGGUCCUUAGCCCAAAACCAUUACCCAUCACCUGGUCUCUCCUCUUCUGUGCCUUUUGUUUUAAAACCUUGAACAGCCUCCUGAAUUAUAAGCUAAGCUACAUAGAGUAAGGAACACUACUACUUCUGCUAUGGAAAUGGCUCCUUUCAAAUGCAGCAUCUUCACAUUUUUGACUUAUCUGAAUAUAAAUGGUAAAAAUUACCUCUAAAAACUGGAAUGCCUCUGCUUUAUCCAUCAUGGAAGCAACAGGAGAAAAACGA